AUGACUGCCCACCGCGAGACUUCACAGGGCAAUGGAGAGCCAAUCGCCGUUAUUGGAAGCGGCAUGCGCUUCCCUGGCUCUUCGAACAAUUCGUCCAAACUCUGGGAGCUUCUGCUCAAUCCGCGAGAUCUUCUCAAGCGCAUCCCGGAGGAUCGUUUCAACAUCGAUAACUUCUACCAUCCGGACCCGAACCACCACGCGACGACGGAUGUUCGGGAGUCGUACUUUCUCGAGGAGGAUCACCGUCACUUCGACGCGGGGUUCUUUAAUAUAAAGCCCGUCGAAGUAGCCGCCAUUGAUCCACAGCAGCGCCUGCUGAUGGAGGUGGUCUACGAAUCGCUGGAGGCGGCGGGAAUACCGCUGGAAUCCUUGAUCGGCUCUCGUACCGGGGUCUACGUUGGACUGAUGUGUGCCGACUACCACGACCAUUUGCACAAAGACGUCGACACCUUGCCAACCUAUGCUCCGACAGGAACGGCUCGAAGUAUCAUGUCAAACCGCAUUUCGUACUUUUUCGACUGGCAUGGCCCCUGUAUGACCAUCGAUACCGCGUGCUCUUCCAGCCUGGUCGCGGUCCACCAAGCAGUCCAGCUGCUGAGAAGCGGCGACUCGGACGUUGCGGUCGCGGCGGGAGUUAACAUGAUCCUUGGAUCCGGGCAGUACAUUGCCGAAAGCUCGCUACACAUGUUGUCGGCCGAUAGUCGGUCCCGCAUGUGGGAUGCUGAUGCUAGCGGGUAUGCGCGUGGUGAGGGUGUAGCUUCUGUGAUCUUGAAGCGUCUCAGCACCGCACUCGCCGACGGCGACAAGAUCGAGUGCAUCAUUCGAGAGAGUGGAGUUAACCAGGAUGGUCGAACGAAAGGUAUCACCAUGCCAAGUGCCUCUGCACAGAUGGAUCUCAUCGAGCAGACUUACAAGAAGGCUGGGCUGGAUCCAAAAGACCCCAAUCAGCGCUGUCAGUACUUCGAGGCGCACGGAACCGGAACUGCGGCUGGCGAUCCAAAAGAAGCUGAGGCUAUCAGCAAAGCCUUCUUCCACCCUGGCGAUAGCACGUCCCAUAAGGGCGAUCCACUCUACGUUGGCUCCAUCAAGACCGUCAUUGGUCAUACGGAGGGUACUGCGGGAUUGGCUGGUCUUCUCAAAGCCUCUCUCGCAGUACAGCACGGCGUCAUACCACCCAAUCUGCUGUUCAACAAACUUCAUCCCGCUGUGGAGCCGUUCUACACAAACCUCGAGAUUGCGACACGCUCCAAACCAUGGCCAAAUCUCGCGGAUGGUAUUCGCCGUGCCAGUGUCAACAGCUUCGGCUUCGGAGGUACGAACGCGCAUGUCAUCAUCGAGAACUUUCUGCCUUCCACAGGCACCCCUACACCGGACAGUACGACUCUGUCCACUCCGCUGUUCUCACCCUUCAACUUCUCAGCUGCAUCUAGCAGUGCAUUACGAGGAGUCUUGUCUUACUACUCGAAAUACCUUCAAUCUCAUCCUGCUGUUGAUCUCGGCAAUCUUUCCUACACCUUGUAUGCACGAAGAUCUCAUCAUGCAAUCCGAGCCAGCAUAUCGGCAAAGUCGGCGGAUGACCUCCAAGCCAAGAUUGACGACUUACUGGCGGCAUCGUCGGAAGGAGGUACUGGCUCCAGUUUUGGUACCCGUGCCAAAGAGCUGCCGCGGCCAGUACAGAUCCUGGGCGUGUUCACUGGCCAGGGUGCACAGUGGCCGACUAUGGGCAAAGGCUUGAUGAAGAGUCCGUAUAUCAGGGCAAUAGUCGAAGACCUGGAUCGUGAACUGCAGCGUCUUCCUGAGCCACACAGACCAAGUUGGACACUUGCGGAGCAGCUCACCUGCGAUGCGUCUGAGUCUCGCGUCGCAGAAGCUGCAUAUGCACAGCCGCUCACAACCACAAUCGAGAUUAUCUUGUACGAUCUUCUCCGCAGCGCAGGCGUCAGCUUUCAUGCGAUCAUCGGCCAUUCCUCAGGCGAGAUUGCCGCAGCUUACGCCAAAGGGUUCAUCACCCGAGCAGAGGCGGUCAAGAUCGCGUACUACCGGGGUUACUAUUCGACCAUGUGUCCAUCCGACAAGCCUGGAGCCAUGAUGGCCGCUGGCGCAUCUGCAGAGGACGCGAACGAGCUUUGCGAACUGCCUAUGUUCCAGGGUCGUUUGUGCGUCGCUGCAUACAACUCGCCUACAGCCGUCACGCUUUCUGGCGAUAGCGAUGCUAUCGAGCAGGCGAGGGAGAUUCUCCAAGACGAGGGGAAAUUUGCAAGAGUCUUGAAGGUUGACAAAGCGUAUCACUCGUCUCACAUGGAGAAGGUGGCAGCUGGUUUCCUCGAGGGCCUGAAGGGCUGCAACAUCCGACCUCAACAUGACACGCCGGAAGGUCCUUCGUGGUUCUCCAGCACGUAUGAGAAUACGGAGAUGCGCGGCGAUAUGCAAGGUGAUUGCGAUCUCUCUGGCUCAUACUGGGUGAAUAACCUGCUCCGGCCUGUUCUCUUCUCCCAGGCCGUACAGUCUGCUGCCACUGCCAAAGAAGGCCAAUUCGACUUCGCUAUCGAGGUUGGCCCACAUGCAGCGUUGAAGGGACCAGUAUUAGAGACGCUUCGUGCCCACAGUGAUGCGGAAGCAGUGCCGUAUGUGGGCUUGCUGCACCGUGGGAAAGACGAUAUCGUUACGUUCAGCAACGCCCUUGGCGACUUGUGGUCUCGGUUCUCUCCUUCUCCAAUCGACUUCCAUACAAUGGACCUAUCGACAUCCGGUGCACUCAGCCGAGAUCUCUUGAAAGACCUUCCCACAUACCAUUGGGAGCACGACAGACUCUACUGGCACGAAUCUCGGAUGUCUAGAGCUGUAGCCAGUGCCAAGAACCCUCACAAUCCGUUACUCGGCGCAAGAACGACCGAUGUAACCGAGAACGAGAUUCGCUGGAGGAACCUGCUUAAGCUCAGUGAGAUGCCUUGGGUCCGGGGCCAUCAGCUUCAGGGUCAGGUCAUCUAUCCAGCAACAGCUUACAUCGCCACCGCCGUGGAGGCAGCUAGAUCGCUGUCGCAAGGCGAAAACAUUGCUGUGAUAGAGAUACAGGACUUCAGCCUCGGCAAACCGCUUGUCUUUGGAGAUGGCGAUGCCGGCAUCGAGACACUCUUCACGCUGCACAACAUCGCCAAGGAAGAAGGUAACAAGAGUUACGUCGCUUCCUUUUCGUAUCAUGCGUCGAACAAUGCAGAAGUAGAACUUCUAUCCACGCAUGCGACGGGUAAGAUUCGGGUGACGACAGGAGAUUCGCACCCCCGAUGGCUGCCGUCUCGAAAACGUGACCCUCCCAAUCUCACCAGCGUCUCAGAAGACCGGUUCUACUCAUCUCUGGAGCCCAUUGGCUACAGCUAUAGCGGCGACUUCCGGACGCUCUCUUCGAUCGAGAGAAGGCUCGACUACUCUUCUUCGACCAUCUCAGUGCCUGCGCAGAAUGAUGAGCCAGUGAAGAUGCUCCUACACCCGGCUAUGCUGGACACGGCGCUGCAGGGCAUCUUCUUGGCGUAUUGCUUCCCGGGUGAUGGCAGUCUUCAACAGCUGCAUGUUCCCACUGGGAUCAAAAGCUUCCGCGUCAAUGUCGGUCUGUGCGAGCAGCAUCUCGGGGCAGAAAGCAAGAGCGUAAACUCUUGCGCGCACCUGACUGAGAACCCGAUGACUUCCAAGCAACUCCGCGGCGAUGUCGACAUCUAUACCCACGAGGGCGCCGGCCUGGUUCAGAUGGAGGGUAUUCAAGUCGUCGCUUUUGCUGAGCCCACCGCGGAUAUGGACAAGAAGUUCUUCACCGAGCACAUCUGGGCGCCGCUCAACCCAGAUUGCGAGUUGGCCAUGGGCGGUUUCAGGUCCACGGCUGAGGACUACGAGUUCGCUGAGGUCAUGGAAAGGGUCGUUCUCGAUUACAUGAGGAACAUCACCAGCACCUUCCCCAAGGACGUCAGACAAACCAUGAACCUCGAGUGGCAUUUUGAGUGCAUGUUCGAGUUCUACCACCACGUCAUUUCUACCACCGGAACAAGACCAUACUCUCAGAGCAGAUGGCUGGAUGACACUGCAGACGACAUCGCGGCCUUGAAAGUCAAAUGGGCACACAGGACGGAGCUCCAACUAGCCCGCGCAGUAGGUGACAACCUUCCGGCCGUUCUCAGAGGCGAGACAACAAUUCUCGAGCACAUGACCAAGGACGGUCUCCUGGAUCGCUUCUACGAGGUCGGUAUGGGCCUGCGAGAGUGGUCUCUCUUCCUCGGCCAGACCGUGAAGCAGAUUGUGCAUCGAUACGGCCGCAUGAAGGUACUGGAGAUCGGUGCUGGUACAGGUGGAGCUACCAAGGUGAUCAUGAAAGAGAUCGGCCGCUCCUUCGCCUCCUACACCUAUACCGACAUCUCUUCGGGUUUCUUCGAGACUGCACAACAGGUAUUCUCUGCCGUGAGCGACAAGAUGAUAUUCAAGACUCUGGACUGCGAGAAAGACGUUGUGGCACAAGGGUACGAAGAACAUUCGUACGACAUGGUCGUGGCCUCUCUGGUCCUCCACGCGACGACUGAUCUACGCCGCACUCUGAGGAAUGCACGCCAGCUCAUGAAGCCUGGAGGCUACCUAGUCAUGCAAGAGAUCACCAACAAUGACGUGAGCCGUACCGGUUUCAUGAUGUCUGCCACCACAGGUUGGUGGCUAGGUCAGAACGACGGGAGAAUGCUGUCGCCUGGUGUAUCGACGCUCGAAUGGCACCAGUUGCUCCUUGAAUGCGGCUUCUCGGGCAUUGACACGGCCACCCCCGAGAUCGAUGUAUUUCCUUCAACGCUGACUGUCUGGGUUACACAAGCUGUCGAUGACCGCGUCUCGCUGCUCCGCGAGCCACUUUCCUCCUUCAGCACCUACAAGCCAGUUGACGAAGAGGAAUGGGACCUAGUGAUCAUCGGUGGUCAGACGUUGGGUACCAGCCAGCUCAUUAGCCAAAUCGUUCGGCUAAUCCAGCCGUUUGGCGUGAAGCAUGCCGUCUAUCGGACACUUGGUGAUAUGACAGGCUCCGCCACGACGACACCUAACAGCGCGAUUCUUUGCCUAGCGGAAUUGGAUGAGCCCAUCUUCCGCUCCCUGUCAGAACAGGCGCUCAAGGGAAUACAGCGACUAUUCGAGACCCAAGGAACCGUCCUCUGGGUAACACAGGGUUGCAGGUCGGAUGAGCCGUAUAUGAACAUGUCGAUCGGUCUCAUACGAACCGUGCUGCUCGAAAUCCCCGACCUAGUUGCGCAAGUGCUCGAUCUGGAAAGCGGCACCAAGCCCGAUCCUCGACAACUUCUGGAGACACUCAUACGCCUGCGCUAUGGCACCACAUGGGAGAAGAACGGUAGCAUCGACAAGAUGCUGUGGACACAAGAGCAUGAGCUCGCUCUUGAGAACGGACAGUUCAUGGUUGCGCGCGUUCAUCACGAAAACGUCAUCAACGACCGGUACAACGCAUCCAAGCGAACCAUAUACCAUGCCAUCGACCCGCAGACCACGCCGGUCAAUCUCUCGCUCGAUUCUACCAAGCCGGCUCUGGUUCAUAAUAGUUCUCUCCAGACCAGGAUGUCCAUGUCGAAUCGGCAGGGUGUUGUCGAAGAUGCUUCGGAUGUGGUGAUCAAGGUUGCCUACUCGCUCUUGGCGCCUGUGCUUACGGCUCCUCUUCAGCCGACCUAUCUGGUCUUGGGUACGAACAUGGCCACGGCCAAAUCUGUCGUCUCCAUUACGCCGACCAAUGGCUCGCAUGCCUUAGUCCAUCCAGAAGACGUGGUAGAGGUUGAAGUGCCUGCGGGUAGCGAAUCUCAAUUCCUCUCCCAGUUGGACAAUUUGCUGCGUGUCGAGAACCUGCUUUCUGUGUGUCGGAGAGACUCUACACUCCUCAUCCAUGAGCCAUCUCCAGAACUAGCGUCCAGCGUCAUCGAGGCUGCAUCUCUCAUCAACGUGACCGUCUUCUUCACCACUUCCGCCACACCAGUCGCUGAUGGCGCGUGGAUCAGCAUUGAUUCUUACGCUCAAAAGCGCGAGGUUCGGUCUUUGCUGCCCUCUGCUGUCGCAAUGUUUGUGAACGGCUCCAAGGAUGCCCAACAGAGGCAGUUGGGCGAGAUGAUCGCUUCCGCUCUACCCGACUCCUGCCUUCGGACGACGCUCGCAGGGAUACAAGCACUGCAGCAUGCUCGUGGCUUUGCCAUACAGGAUCUCCGCCCAAGACUCCACAGGGUUGUGCAGUGGGCAAUGAGGGACACGCUCCUGUCGAAGCCUCUGAGCUCCAACUUGGCCCCUAUAACAUUGGAACAGCUGGUUGGUGGGUCCGAAAUCGAGACUGCCACUCCAGCCGUCUUGGACUGGAACAGCGCCUGCCCGGUUCCAGUGCAGAUUUCCACGGUCGACGGCCUCGUCCACUUCAAGAGCGACAAGACAUAUGUCAUGUUUGGACUAACCAGCGACUUGGCGCAGUCCACCUGCACUUGGAUGGCAUCGCACGGAGCGCGGAACAUAGUGCUCACGAGUCGCUCACCGAAGAUGGAUGCCAGAUGGCUGGAGAGCAUGAAGCAAGACGGGGUGAGGGUUGAAGUCUUUGCGAACGACAUUACUGACAAGGCUGCGCUCUCGUCGCUUGUUGACCACAUCCGUCAGAACUUCCCGCCCAUCGCAGGUAUCGCUCAUGGCGCCAUGGUUCUCGACGACGUCUCAUUCUCAGAGAUGCCGCUCGAGAAGAUGACCAAGGUGCUAAGGCCCAAGCUUUGCGGAGCCAUCUUUUUGGACGAGCUCUUCCGUGGAGGCGCGGAUGCGCUGGAUUUCUUUGUCUUUUUCUCCUCGGCUGUCACCAUUGCCGGCAAUCGCGGGCAAGCAGCAUACAGCGCCGCCAACUCCUUCAUGACGGCGCUCGCGAACAAGCGUCGCAGCCAAGGCCUAGCGGCAUCUAUCUUCCACAUCGGCGCUGUUAUGGGUGUAGGAUACAUCAACCGCAAUCAUGGGUUCUUGGGCAGCGUGCACGAGGCUUCUUUCAAGGUCGGCUUCUUGCUGCUAUCCGAGAGGGAAUUCCACCUCUGCUUUGGCGAGGCCGUCUUAGCAUCCCAUCCGCUCUCUGGGCGAAAUCCCGAGGUCAUGACAGCAUUGAGAACGUCUGGACUCGACGAUGUGAUGAUCCGUUGGCCCAGGUUCCCUCGUUUCCAGCACUGCCUUCAAAACGACCAAGUGGGUGACAGCAAGAGCACCAAACGGGCGGCUGACGCGUCGAUCAAGAGCCGACUGGUCGAAGCAGCUACAGAGGAGGAGAUUCGCGAUAUCGUGCAAGAUGGCUUCAUCCGUAAGCUGCGCGUUAUACUCCAGAUUCCAGACGACAAAGAGGCGUCCCAGAUUCUUGCAUCACGAAUUGAUGAUCUCGGCGUCGACUCUUUGGUCGCUGUAGAGAUUCGUUCCUGGUUCUUGAAGGAGCUCCAGACCGAAGUGCCUGUGUUCAUGAUCUUAUCCGGCGGUCUGGUUCAAGAGCUGCUCGAUCACGCAGUGGCCAACACGCCAGCUCGCCAAACUCCAGACCAAGGCGACACCUCUCCUGGCCCCGAAGUGAUGCUUCCGGAUGCGACGCCAUUGCCGGCCCCCGAUGCCACUGACCCAUCUCCAUCAAGAACCCCACAGACAAGCACAGACUCGUCCAGCCCAAGCCAUUUGAGCGAUGAUGACUUGGAUAAGCAGGAGUCAUCGUCCGCCACCUCUGGCUCAGUCGCAGACUCCAAUGAGGUGACCAAGCCAAGCUUUGACAAGAUACUCCCCAUUUCACCAGGCCAGUCCCGGUUCUGGUUCCAGAAACACCUAAUGGAAGACCAGACGACGGCGAACAGCACUAUAUGUGUGGCGGUCAACGGUACUAUCAGACUAGGCAAUCUGGAAAGCGCCGUCCAGAAGGUGGCAGCACGGCACGAGUCUUUCCGGACUUCUUUCUUCGUGGAUGAGAAUCAGAGACCUGUGCAGGGCAUUUCCGAAACUUCGCGUUUGCGCCUCGAGACUGUGCCUCUCGCUGAUGAAGCGGGCGUGGCACGCGAAUUGGAGAGACUCAAGAACCACGUCUAUGAUAUCGAGCAUGGCGACUGCAUGCGCAUUGUGCAUCUCAGCUUGACACCAACGAAGAGCUAUCUUCUCCUUGGAUCCCACCACAUUAUUAUGGAUGGCAUCAGUCUGGAGGUCCUCCUCGACGACCUACAGAAAGCCUACAACGGCCAAGACCUGAACGUUGAGCCAGCGUAUCAGUAUUCGUCCUACUCGGAGAAACUGCGCGGGGACUUGGCAUCGGGGGUAAUGCAAGGUGAGAUAGAGUACUGGCGGUCCGAGUUCGCAGCACCGCCGUCGCCGCUCCCUCUUCUUCCAUUCUCGGCGGCCAAGAAUCGCGUCCCGUUGGCCGCAUACGCGCACAACUCGGUGAGUCGCGUCAUUGACAUGCAGCUCUCAUCGCAUAUCCAAGACGCAUGUCGCGAGCGGAAGGCAAAUCUAUUCCACUUCCACCUGGGCGUGUUUGAGGUCCUCCUAUUCAAGCUGUUCGGCAACAGCGAUGUUUGCAUUGGUAUGGCCGACGCCAACCGCUGGGACGACCGAGUCGCGAAGAGCAUCGGCAUGUACCUGAACUUGCUGCCGCUCAGGUUCCAUUUGGAGAAUCAGCACUCAUUCGAGGAGGUGCUGAAAGACACGCGCAAGAAGGCUUAUCGAGCAAUGUCCCACUCGAGGCUGCCAUUCGAUGUCUUGCUCGACAACGUAAGCGGCGAGAGGUCGACAGCAAUCAGUCCUCUGUUCCAAGCAUUCAUCAACUAUCGCCAGGGUGUAAGUGAGAAGCGACGCUUCGAUAGUGCAGAGGCUGAAGUCAAGUCAAUUGAUCUCCCGGGGUCUGGUUACGACAUGUCUCUGGACAUCAUCGAGAAUCCAGGGGGCGAAACUCGCGUCACUCUAUUGGUCCAGCGCGGUCUGUACUCUGAAAGCGAUGCAUCCCAGCUUCUGGACAUGUAUUUCGCCUUGUUGAAAGACCUUUCUCGUUCUUGCGGAAUGGUCUUGCAGGACGUGUCCUUAUUCUCAAGUCAGGAUGUCAGCACUGCGAUCGAGCUUGGAAAAGGUCCCGUAAUGACUUCCAAGUGGCCAGAGACUCUGGCGCAUCGUAUCAACGAGAUGAUCGCCAAGCACCCGUACGAAACUUCAGUCAAAGACUCCAACGGCAUGUCGUGGACAUACCAACAGCUUGAUCAACAUGUCGGAAGGAUAUCGUCCGCACUUCUUAAGGCAGGCACGAAUCCAGGAUCGGUCGUGGCGGUCUUCCAGGAGCCGUCGCCCCACUUUGUGUUCUCCUUGCUUGCCAUUCUCCGAGUUGGCGCCGUCUACGUUCCCUUGGACUGCAACAUCCCACCAGCGAGGCUCCGUGUCAUGAUGGAAGAGUCUAAGUGCUCUGCGCUGCUUGUCAACACCACGACGGCUCCCCAGACCGAGAGCAUGGAACUCUCGCCAUCCGUGGCUGUUCUGGAUGUCCUCCUUCUCCAGGAUGGGACAUCAAUUCUUCCUCCGGUCUCCGCCCGAGCGAGCGAGCCGGCGGCUAUAUUGUUCACCAGUGGAACCUCGGGGGUUCCCAAAGGCGUGAUGUUGUCACACGGUAGCUUGCGCAACCACGUAGAGGCCUUGGUGCACAAGCAUGGGUUUGGACGUGAGACGGUCUUGCAGCAGAGUUCCGUGGGUUUCGACAUGUCUCUGAACCAGAUCUUCAUGGCACUCGCCAAUGGAGGUACUCUCGUCAUCGUUCCAGAGGUCCUCCGCAAAGAUCCUGUAGCCGUGGCCAACAUUGUGCUGGAAGAGAAGAUCACAUAUACCAGCGCAACACCGUCGGAAUAUCUCGCCUGGCUCAGACACGGUGCGACUAGCCUUUUUCAAAGCACACACUGGGCAUAUGCCACGGCGGGUGGUGAGAAGUUCUCGCCUGAGCUCCUGCAAAGCUUCCGUAAGCUCGGUGCCCGCUUCGAACACGACUUCCACUACUUCAACGCUUACGGCCCGACCGAAUGCGCCAUGUCGUCAAGCGAGCUGGAUGUCAGCUUGCUAAAUCACAAUGAUGGCCUUGUUCCAGCCGGUAGGACCCUUCCAAACUACGGUGUCUACAUCGUGGAUCAACAUUUGAGCGUCUUGCCAGUCGGUUGGUCCGGAGAAGUCUGCAUCGCGGGCGCAGGCGUAGCCAUGGGUUACAUCAACAGUAGCGAUGAGCCGCAAAGCAAGUUCCUGCAGGACCCUAUGCCGACUUCGGUGGCUACACAGAACGGGUGGACUAGAAUGUACCGAACUGGAGACAAGGGCGUCCUCAGAUCAGAUGGUUCCUUGGAAAUCAUCGGUCGUAUGGAUGGAGACACGCAGAUCAAACUCAGAGGCCUGCGUAUCGAACUGCAAGAUAUCGAACAGUCCAUAUUCGACGCGGCCAAAGGACGUGUAAAGAUGGUGGCAGUAACGCCUCGGGGUGACCCUGCCCUGUUGAUUGCACAUGCGGUGCUGUCGCCUUCGGACACCUCGGUGGAGAGCGAGAUCCAAUUCCUUGGCAACCUUGCCGCCUCGCUGGACCUGCCGCAGUAUAUGCGACCCGCGGCCAUUAUCGCCAUUUCCUCGAUGCCACUAAAUGCAGCCGGCAAAGUGGACAGAAGAGCCCUCCGAGGACUCGCCAUCCCAAGCACCGUGCGGGGAUCAGAAUCAACAGAGGAGCUGACAGAGAUGGAAUCCAAGCUGGUCCAGGUCUGGCUAGACACACUGCCGGAGCAAAUGCAGGAGGUGCAUCGUAUCGACGCCAGUUCUGACUUUUUCCAUGUUGGUGGCAACUCCAUGCUGCUCAUCGAGCUGCGGCAGCUCAUCAACAAGACUUUCAAAGCCAGUCUGCCCCUAUUGAAGCUGUUUGAGAACAGCACACUGGGCGCCAUGGCAACCAUGAUGCAGGACGUAUCUUUAGAUGCUGACAAGCCGAUUGACUGGGAGGCUGAAACCGCGAUCCCCAGCGACCUUCUGGAAGGAGGCACACAUCAAGCUACGGGAGUAACAGUGCAGAACCACACGUCUCCCAAGACUGUGGUAAUCAGCGGCGCGACAGGCCUCCUGGGCAGCUCUCUGCUCCGACUGCUAGUUCAGGCCCCCGAUGUUGGCAAGAUACAUUGCAUUGCGAUUCGCGACAUCAGCAAGCUGGUCGAGUUUGCAAGCUGCUCCAAGGUCGUACUGCACAAGGGUGAUCUUUCUCUUCCGCGCUGCGGACUAACUGAAGCGGAGGCCAAGUCGAUUUCAGCCUCAGCAGACGCCAUCAUCCACAACGGUGCAGACGUGUCGUUCCUCAAGACAUAUCAGUCUCUCAGGAGCGCCAAUGUAUCCUCUACAAAGGAACUCGUGCGGCUCGCGUCUACUCGUCGUAUUCCGCUCCAUUUCGUCUCGACUGCCACGGCAGGCAAAUUCAACAAGUCCGAGACGCUGGCUCCAGAGUCGCUCGCGCGCUUCCCACCUCAUCCAGACGGUGGCGCAGGGCUAGCUAACGGCUAUGCGGCUUCCAAGUGGGUCAGCGAGAUUUUCCUGGAAAAGGCGAGCCAGCAGAUCGGCCUGCCGGUGUUCAUCCACCGGCCCUCAGCCAUCAUGGGCGAUGAUGCAGCUGAGGAUAUCAUGUCUAACCUCCUCGAAUAUGGGUCCCUGAUCAAGGCGCUGCCCGACUUGAGCCGCUGGACAGGCUAUGUAGAUCUUGUCUCUCUCGAGAACGUCACUGAGGGCAUCGCUCGUUCGGUCUUGCAGGCGACUCCAGGUGCUGACAGCAACUCGCGAGUCGAGUAUCUGCACCACGCAGGUGACCAGAUCAUCCCCGUGCAGAGUAUUCGGGAGCUGUUGAGCGGCGAGGCGGGUAGUGGGCUGGAUUCGUUGCCCAUAGGCGAGUGGGUGGAUGGUGCGGUUCGGAGCGGUAUGAAUCCUCUUGUGGGCGAGUUCCUGCGCGACGCCGAUGCGCAUGGUGGACUGCAGGUCGGACAGAAGCUGUUGUUGAGCAAACAAAACUAG